AUGAUUAUUCAAGUGUUAUUGCCCGUAGUACUAGCUCGUUUUGCCGGUGCAAAGCCUCUACUGAAAAUCGUGGUUCUGAUCUUUGGAGAGCACAAUUUUGAGGAUCAUGUCCAUUCUGUUAAGACUGCAUACUUGGAGAUUUUCGAGAGCGAAACUACACAUUUGGCUAAUUACACUGUUGUGGCCGAGUAUAUCGAUGGAGGAAUCCUGAGAGAUAAACCAAGCGCAAAUCGACUACAGCUGACCGAGGAGAUCGUUUGCGAACAAGUAGUGAAUCGUUCGAAUCGCCGUCGUCAUCUAUGCUCCGCUGCUACAACGAGCAACACAACCGGAAAGAUCUAUCCAACGUUCGUUCGGCCAACACCAGCGUAUGCUGACGAGUCUUACGUGUUCCUGAAACUGCUGCAACGGCUCGACUAUCGACAGGUGGUCGUCGUGAGUGUAAAAGGAGAUCGAAAUGGAGAGCAAUUUGUCGAGUUGUUCGAGAAAAAACGCAAGAAAUACAAAGUGCAC